AUGAGUCACAUAGAUAACAACCACAACACCGCCAAUCACGUCCAAUUGUCACCAAUAUACAACUAUAUGCAACAGCAAGAACAACAACACCACCCUUUGAGACACCAACAAAACAAUACUAUCAACCUCACUGCAGAUAGCAACCACGCCCACACAACCAACGAUAUCCCCGCUUCAAGGAGUCACGUACUGGAAAAUAACCACAACCACAACAGUAACAACAGCAAUAACAGCAAUAACCAUACAACUGACAACCACAACGGUUCAAAAUCGCAAGUCCACCACGAAGUGAAUAUGCCCCAGAAGUUACCACUCCCACUACUCCCUCAAAAACCAUCUGUUCUGCUGACACAAACAAUGUCCCCACCUUUUGACGCUAGUUCCCCACCACAACACGAAAAAGUGGAAAGCUUAUCAACCACGCAAAAGAAGUUUCUUUUGUCGACAUCAUCGCCAGAGGGUAUACAAGUGGCAUCCAAGAUAACCCCUACUAGAUUAGCCAACUUGUUGAUUAGAAAAGGUCCAUUGCCUAUACGUCAUAUAACUGCUCAAUUAACUAUAGAAGUACCAUCAUUUGAGUUGUUGAGUUUAAGUAAACAAAGGCGGUUGAUUAUGGCAGCUAUGGAACAAGUGGAUUCUACUAAUAACGUUGUGUUUGAAAAGAUUGGUUGGGGUCAAUGGGCAGUAAGGAAAGUUGAUAGCGAUUACAUUGUUACUGAAGGAACAGAACAACAAGAACAAAAACAGCAACAACAAGCACAGCAGCAAUCACAACAGCAAUCACAUGAGCAGCAUCUUGGAGGCACGCCUCAAUCUGUCCUGCCUGAAGGUCGUGACGGAUCUAGUGGUAAAAAGCCAGGCAAACAAAUUACAUCACUGUCGAUAGAGUUGGAAAAGAAGAUGAUCAACAUCAACGAUUUGCGAAACCAAACCAAUUUGAAACUUGGAUGGUCAAAGAAAAAGAAAGAUGGUGGUGGUACAAUAGAGAAGAAUGGCACCAGAAGAGAGUCGAUUACAAAUCCUGUCAAGAACUUGCACAAUAUAAGAUUACCUAAUGAAAGUAUUGACAAUGCAAUUGCGUCCGAUAGUGAAGAUGACGAUGAAGAAGAGGAUCGAUUUAAUGAACUUGAAGAGGAUGAAGUAGAUUUUGAUGAAGAUGACGAAGACGAUGAUGAUGACAUAUCAGGACUUGAUGAGAGGCUAAUACGAAAUGGAAGACGUACAUUACAUGAACACAUUGAUGAAGACGAACCUUCAAAUAGUUCUGAUCAAGAUGCCAUACUUGAUGAAGAUGAAGAUGAAGAGAUGUUUGCAUUUGAUGAAACGCCAAUCAAUCGCACCACGGCCAUACGUCACAAACUGAAGGCAAAGAAACUGUCACCACCUUUGAAAUUUGCCAAUAGAGUUCCAUCAAAGAUCAGUCCACCGCCUAUUUCAUCUGCUGCAUCGUCGUAUGAUUCCAAAGCUGCUGCUAGAAGAAGAAAAUCAAGUUCAUCGGCGCCCAGUUCAGUUACCAAACCAUCCACUCUAAGACAUUAUCAUGCUACUACUCACCAUCCACACCAUACACACCUUCUAAACAACCCUACAUUCAUCAAUCGAUCAAGAUUAAAUUCAAUUGAGAAUUUGGAUAAUUAUAUAGCGUCUACUUCAUCAGGACGCAACUCAACUGUUUCGAUUAGUCUGCCACCACCAGCAAUUGCAUUUAGUUAUAGUUCAGCUGGAUUGGGAGGAGGAGUAGGCAGUGGUGAUGCUAUUGAUGUACGCAGUGCCGUAUUUGGUGCAUCUCCUGUGUCUGCAAGUAAUGCUUCACCAGUUGGAUCAUGGGGUUCUAGUACGGGCAAUCGUCAUUAUGUUAUUCAUAACGAAGAAGCAGCCAAAGCCAACAAGGGUCGACGUAAAUCAUCAUUUAAUGAAUCACACGAACGGUCAACAUUGAAUAGUAUACGACAACAAUUGCAACUGCUGCUGCAACAGUCAAAGACUCUGCCUCAACUGAGUACUACUUUACAACAACAGCAGAGCCACCAAAGAAGUAGUAGUAUUUCGAGUGAUACUGAUGAAGAGGAUUGGCAAUCUAUAGGACCAGAAUUUUUACGUCAAAAGAGACCCAAUAGUGAAGCACUACCUAGUGAAGAAAGGAAACCAGUUGAACUGGGGCUUGUUGAUGUUAAUGGAGCCAACUCAAAAGGAAGAGAUCCUAUUGCUAACGCCUCUGAUGCAGAUGCCAAUGAAGAAGAGAAAUCAGCUGCGUUUGCAUUGGUCAAUUUGAUGUCAGUAUGA